AUGACGCAGAUGUCACGCAAGUUGGAGUCACAUGAGUGGUUCCUAGCUUUCAAUCUAAUCUCCGAUUCGUUUCACAUCCUAUUUUUUUAUUUACUAUCCUAAAACCCCAGCAUGGACGAGGACGGUUUGCCAAUCGUUGGUUCUGGAGUUGAUCUCACUAAGGUCCCUGCUAUACAGCAAAGGAGAGUGGUCGCCCACCUUAAUCAGUUUGUUGUUCACACAGUUCGAUUCCUUAACCGAUUCUCUGCUGUGUGUGAAGAGAAACUUUCAAACAUUUCCCUUCGCAUACAGCAGAUUGAAACCACCCUGUGUAUUUUGGAGGCUAAAUUGUCAUCUAUUCCUGGACUAGAGGAUGUCACAGUCGAUGGACUCAGCCAGCAGCAAAGUGGGCAGUCUAAUGGACCCGUCACCAUCAGUCAGAACCAAUCAGAUUCUAUAACAGCGGGAGCUCCUCCCUCACAGCCGGAUCAAAGUUCACCAGAAGCUGCACCUGCACAAGAAAAAGCAGAACCAGUGCCUGAGAACAUCAUGACGGUGGCUAAAGACCCACGUUAUGCACGUUAUCUGAAAAUGGUUCAAGUGGGAGUACCAGUUAUGGCCAUUCGUAACAAAAUGAUAAUGGAAGGUUUAGAUCCAAAUCUACUUGACGCACCUGAUGCCCCUGUGCCUGAUGGAGCAGCAAGCAGCACAGAGAAUGACGAUAUUCCUGCCAGCAGCUCAGAUAGUGAAUCAUCUUUCAGUGACUGAUCCGUUUUCUCUUUGUUUUCAUCACUACAAUGCUCCAUGUUUUGGCUCAUUAAUUACUGUCUGCAUGGUGUUGCACAGUAUGAGGCUUCAUUGUGUGAGUAGAGGACACACAAAGGUGCUUGAAGGAUUGUAUUUUUCCUGGAAAUGGUACUACUGCUUCCUUUUGUCAACAUGGAAGCAUCUUUGUUUUCAUCCAUUGAUUUGAUUUUUUGUUUUAAUCUUUAUUAAAGUCUCUUUAUUAAAUCUUUAUUUUUCAAAUGCAUGCAUCAGUCAUUAGAACACAGGACCAGUAGUAUGAUGUAGCAGCUGGAGUCACAUUAGAAACAGUGCAGGUAAAGGUGCAUCAGAUUGCCAAUUACAUUGAAAUGAGUCUCUGCAUAAGCACCACAUUUAAUGCUAUGCAUUGCUCUACGUCAUGGCAGCCAAACGCAGUGCAUUAAAUCUUGGGUCUGUGUAGCUCAUAAAGCAGGAUCAGAAAGGGAUAAAGACCCUGAGCUGCCUUUUUGGUCUCCCCAACUGUAGCUGGAGAAGGUUGCAGCACCACAAAGCUGAUUGUAAGGUUUAGCAGCUAAAUUUGCUCUCUGAGAUGAUCAGGUCCAGCCAGUAUUUUGAACUCAUGAAUCCUGUCAACAUUAAGCAGAAAAUGCAAUUCCUUUGUUUAUUUUAACCUGCAAAUAUAUUGAUGAAUUGCUUUUCUAAAAGUCAGGAAUCUAUUUAAUUGUGUUUCCAAGCAUUUUUCUGGUACCUCCAUGAAAUAUAUUCUAUAUAAAUACAUUUUAUAUUACUAAUACUGUUGAACCCGCCAAACUUGUGGGUACUCCUGGUGUAAAUAAAAUGAUAUUUUAUUAUUGUGACAUAAGUGGUUUAAAAUAAAGUAGGUAAUGGAGAUUUUGUCAAGUUUGCACCAUUUUUCAUUACUUGCAAUGACCGCAGAUAAGCACAACUUUUAUUUUUUUCUAAACCAUGUUCUGCCUUGAUUUAUUCGAAUGUGUCCAUCUUCUUCCUGUUUUGCAGAGUAAGACUGUUCAUUUUUUUGUCAUAGUUAUACUUCAGACAUUGGUCAAUCAAAAAUAUUUAAUUUUUUUCACAAAUAUUUCAGCCUUAGAUUAUGUGGCAGAUUAUGUAAUAUUAGUGCAUUUCAGCAUAAAAUGCAUGAAUAUUACAUGAGCAGUGACAAAUGAAACAGGAGAAGCAGUCAGUGCCAUAACUGUUUUAAAGAUGGAACAGAUAUCCCUGGAAACCAGAGAAUGUAUAUUCUGAUAACGUGUCUUUCUUUUGGUCUGUAAUAAAAACAAGUCUAUUUAUACAAA